UCGUUGUCACUCGCGCAUCGUCUGCUGAGCAGCUCGCACUUCAAUUUUAUCGCGUGCCGCAAAUGAGCUAAGUUUUUGCUUAUUCUAAAAACCCUGUAAUUUGGAUAAUGCCCAUAAAUUGUGAAUUUCAUUUGUCGCGUGUUUCAGCGGUAUAUUACACUGGCGAACAAGUUUCGGGUUUCGUAACUCUGAUCGCUGGCAAGAAGCAGCUGCAUCUGGAAGCGCUCAGCAUCAGCUUAAGAUGUCGCAGCACAGUUUGCUGGCAAGAGGUAGACGGCUGCUUGCACCACGUCGAGCAUAAUGACAGCGAAGCGACCAUGCAGCCCGGCUACAUUAGCUAUGCAUGCAACAAGCUGCACUGGGAGCAGGCGCAGCAGCUGACGCAUGCACUGAACCUGCCUUCGGGUGGCAAGAAGCGCUGCAACUUUGGCUUCGAGCUGCCUUGCGACUUGCCUGGCAAAUGCCGCUUGCCCCUAGGCUCCACUAGCUACACGUUGCAAGUGCUCUUGCAACGUCGUGGCAAACAUGACAAGCAUUUUGAGCGCAGUUUGUGUGUUCAGCAACGCAUUGAGCUACUCGAUUUGCAACCUGCCACCAGCUCUAGUGGCAGCUUGGAGCUGUGUUUGCCACGCAGCAUCUACGCACCUGGCCAACGGGUCAGCUACCAGUUGCAUACCACAGAGCCACAUGCCACUUGCCACACCCGCCUCUGCCAAUCGAUUACCUAUCGCAGCAUAGAACCCGCACUUAAAGAGAAGCGUGUGCGUCGUGUCCUCGACGAGAACUCAGAUAGGACUGGUGUCCUCCAUCUGCCGCUAACUGCGCCAAUUAUGACUAAGCUGCCAGGCGAGCCCAUCGAGAUAACCUAUUUUGUGGAGGCGGCCAGCACCAGCUGCAGUCAGCCAUUGCGUUUGCCUUUGUGGGUGGGCACAGUGGCGCCACCUGUUGACGUCAUAGCGAGUCUAACAAACGGUCCUACGCUCGGUUUCGUCAAUUUGGCUUUGUGUGAAAAUGAUUCGUUUUCAUCAAUCAAUCAACAGCUGCCGCCACACAGCUGUUCCAAAGAACUCUAUGUAUCGAGCAUUACCAGGCACGGCGAGCAGCUUAAAUUGUUGAGACGCCAGAAGAGACGAUCGUACGUGCGUUUAGCUUUGCGCUAUUUCUGUAUAAAUCUGUUACCUGCUAAUUAACAAAGGUGUUGUGAGCUGCAAGUAUUCAAUUAAUUGAAAUCAAUACGUGCAGCUCUUUAAAUAUAUCAGUUCAAGCGAAAUCAUCGUGAAUAGUUUUCCUGAUAAUAUACUAUCUAGCCUGGAUUGAAAUUUAUUUAUAUCGCUUAUAUAUACACAUUUUGGGCCAAGUUAUAGAAUAUCUGCAUAUUUGCAAAGAAUUUAUCAACGCUUGAUAAGUAUUCGCAUAAGCAAAUAAUACUUCACUGAUUAAAUUUCAUUAACAGUCAAGUUCGUAUAUAUAAAGCCCUAAAAAGUUGCAAUUAU